AGGCCUCUCAAAUCUGAAAUCUCGCCCAUUAGCUGAGAUAUCUCCCACCCAAAAGCCUCAACGACCGCUUACCAUCAAAAUGGCAAAAGCUACCCUUGUUUUCCUGCUUGUCUCUUUACUAUACAUUUCAGACACAGCAAGAUCUGCUACCCCUGCAAGGUCCAGCGUUAGUGCCUCAAAUUUCAUCAAGGCCUCCUGUAGAACCACCACUUACCCUGCACUAUGUGUCCAAUCUCUCUCAGCUUAUGCUACUUCCAUCCAGCAAAGCCCACGCCAAUUGACCGAGACUGCCUUGUCCGUGAGCCUCGCCAGGGCUCAGUCCACUAAGACAUUCGUCUACAAGUUGACAAAGUUCAAGGAAGUGAAGGCCAGAGAAAUGGAAGCCAUUAAGGACUGUUUAGAGGAAAUUGAUGACACUGUGGAUAGGCUUAGCAAGUCUUUUAAAGAGCUCAAGAACAUGGGUCCGUCCAAGGGUAAGGCCUUCCAGUGGCACAUAAGCAAUGUGGAGACUUGGGUUAGUGCUGCUUUGACCGACGAGAACACUUGCGUUGAUGGUUUUGCUGGUAAGGCCAUGAAUGGGAGGUUGAAGUCUUCGAUUAAGGCAAGAUUUGUAAAUGUUGCUCAGGUGACUAGCAAUGCACUAGCAUUGAUUAACAAGUUUGCCUCCAAGAACUAAUUAAGUUAAGCAGCUGCUGUAAAAUUAUGUUUAUAUAAAUGAGUUCAUUUGGUAACAAGUGAUCUCAACUCCUCCAGCUCCAUGGGUCUAGUUUUGAUAUUUUGAGUGAUAUGCAUACUUGAUAUGAAACAAUCUGCUUUUCCUUUCUUUUUGAA